UACCGAACAUCUACAAACUGGUAGCACACGAAUUGAAAUCCAUUGAGUUUGCCACGUUUGUCGGGAAACUGCUGAACAUGGUUAGCGCGUACUACCCAAUGAAACGGCUUGCGCGACAACUUUUGGAUUGCGAAAACGAUCAGCCCUUGUAUUACUUCCGGUUUGAGUAUGACGGCCGUUUCGGUUACUCAAAGCGCGAGUUAAGUAAAGGCAUGAUCCGCGAACACUUCUACGGGGCUGUCCAUGGGGAUGACUUGGCGUACGUGUUCUCGCCGUACAUUGUGCGUGAAGCUCUGGCCAAUCGUAGUGCAUUUCGAGAGGAAUGGGAAGUGCACAAAAAGAUGGUCGAGCUUGUCACUAGCUUUGUGAAAUUUGGAAAUCCAACUCCCGAAGAGCAAAGCUCAGACGUUUUCUGGCCGACUUAUAAUAGAGGAAAUACAACCGAACGACGGUACUUAAAUAUAGACAAAGAGUUUGAGGUACGGAUUGAGCGAGAUGAUCAAAACUAUUACUACCAGUUUUGGGAACCAAUUUAUCAGUGUUUAUACUACUUCGAUUGUGAUGCUAUGGAUGCAAAAGUAAGGGAGCUGCCGGAAGGGGAUUACUCAGAUAAACGGUUUACGAAUUAUAGAUAACAAUCGGUUCAAUAAACGGCUAUGUCGAGUUUGAUUUGCCAUCAACUAAGAGCCCGGUAAAGGUCUGAAUAAAUGCAAUUUUUAUUCGUCCUUAAUUGAAAAACUACUUUGAACAUACAAAUUUUGUCAUUUUGAACUU